UGUUCGUUUCAUGGCUAUGCAGGUAAAUAAAUUCAGUUGUGUUUGUUAGCCCACAUGUUUUGCAUUGAAUUUAGUGUGAAUUCAUGUUUUUGUCUGGUUUUCUGCAUUGAAUUUUGUGUCAAUCCAUGUGUUUGCCUGGUUUUUCGCAUCAUCGUCAGAGAUUUUGACUAAAAGUUUUCUGCUACAAAUCUCCAUGAAUGUUAAAGCCCACUAUAAAAAGCAACUGAUCAGGAGAAUUACUCACAAACAGAUUCAACUUCGGGAGAAUUACCAUGACAAAACUCCUCGAAUCUUUUACCUAUAUAGCCAUCUUAUCAGUUGUACUUUGGGGUUUGGAACCAUGCCAAGCCAGUGUCAAUGUGUACAAUCAUAUUUCAUCUGGAAGACGGGAGGUAGUUGAAGCACAUAAAGGAGCAGUUGCUGCGGAUGAUGGCCGUUGUUCUAGAAUUGGAAGGGAUGUUCUCAAGGAAGAUGGCCAUGCACUAGAUGCUGCAGUUGCAACUGCUUUGUGUUUAGGUGUGGUGAGCCCAGCCUCAAGUGGUAUUGGUGGAGGUGCUUUUAUGCUCGUAAGAUUGGCAUCUGGUGAAGCAGAAGCUUAUGAUUCACGAGAGACAGCCCCUGCAUCAGCCUCGGAGAAUAUGUAUGUUAACAACCCUCUUUCAAAAUCAAGCGGUGCUCGUGCGGUAGCUGUUCCAGGUGAGCUUGUUGGCCUUUAUCAAGCAUGGCAGAAAUAUGGUAGAAUUCCAUGGAAGAGACUCGUCCUUCCUGCAGCUCAUCUUGCAGAGAGCUUUAUUGUCUCUCCUUACCUUGCAUUUCAGAUGAACGAUUCAAAAGCAGCAAUAUUUGCAGACAAAGGACUUCGUAAUGUUUUUACAUCUAAUGGAAAGCUCUUGCAAGCUGGUGACAAAUGCCACAAUUUUAUGCUGGCAAAGACCUUAAAAGCCAUUGCUGAGUAUGGACCAAAAGUUUUCUAUAAUGGCACUGUCGGAGUUAAUCUGGUAAAAGAUGUGCGAAAAGCAGGAGGCAUUUUGACUUUUAAGGAUCUACAAAAUUACAAAAUUAGAGUACAAAAGCCUCUUUCCGCAGACAUCAUGGGAUAUAAGAUAUUGGGUAUGCCACCCCCAUCUUCUGGUGGUGCAGGAAUGAUAUUAGUUCUGAACAUACUUGCAAGCUAUGGAGUUCCUUCAGCAUCCUAUGGAGUGCUGGGCCUGCAUCGAAUGAUUGAAGCAUUUAAGCAUAUGUUUGCCGUGAGGAUGAAUCUUGGUGAUCCAGACUUUGUUAAUGUUACAAAUGUUCUAGCUGACAUGCUGUCUCCAAAGUUUGCUGCAGAGUUGAAGAAAACUAUAUAUGACAAUAUGACCUUUGGUCCUUCUCACUAUGGGGGCAAGUGGAAUGAAAUUGAUGACCAUGGCACCAGCCAUUUUUCCAUUGUUGAUGUAGAUCGUAAUGCUGUUUCCAUCACCAGCACUGUAAAUGCUUACUUUGGGGCUAAGUUGCUUUCUCAGAAGACAGGUAUAGUGCUAAACAAUGAAAUGGAUGACUUCUCUAUUGAAAGCAACAGCUCUGGCUCUUCUCUUCCACCAGCUCCUCCAAACUUCAUAAGACCAUUCAAACGUCCACUGUCUUCUAUGACUCCCACAAUUCUUUUGCAGGAUGGACAAUUAAGGGCAGUGCUUGGGGCAAGUGGGGGAAUCAAGAUAAUUGCUGCAACUACUCAGUUAUUUUUGAAUUACUUCAUUAAAAAAAUGGAACCAUUGGCAUCCAUCAUGGAGCCUCGAGUUUAUCAUCAGCUGAUUCCGAAUUUUGUUGACUAUGAGAAGUGGACAACUGUUCUUGGAGACCAUAUCGAACUCUCAGAAAAGAUAGUAACAGGAUUAGAAAAACGAGGUCACAAACUACGUGGAGUGAUUGGUGGAUCAAUUUGCCAAAUGAUUGUUCAUGACCUCCAUAGUCAUACAAGAGUUCAAAAUUUACCCAAGAAUGUUGUGCAUGGAAAGCUCAUCGCAGUCAGUGAUCCAAGAAAAGGUGGUUUUCCUGCUGGGUUUUGAUGGUUCCACUUUAUACAAACAUCUAAUUUACUAGUUUAAGUUAUGCUUAGAGCAAUUUAGAGGCUGCAUUCUAAUUUGAGUUAUCUUUUCCAGCAACAAUUUUUUCUAAAAAAUAGUAGUCAACAAGAACAUGUUCCAAUA